AUGGACGAUGCAGGUUCAGAGUCAACAGCUGUGCCCCUCGAUUUAUUACUACAAAUCACAGAUGGUUUCUCCGAGGAGCGGAAACUUGGUAGUGGUUCCUUUGGAGAGGUUUACUUGGGUGUGCAUCCAGACGGGCAAAAGAUUGCUGUGAAGAAGAUCUAUGAUAUGCCAGGAGUUGACGAGGAGCAAUUUCAGAAUGAGUUUAAGAACCUUGCAAGGCUGCAGCACCGAAAUAUUGUGCGGUUAGUUGGCUAUUGCCACCAUAUUCAGGAAGUACCAGCAAUGUAUGAAGGAAAAUUGGUUCUUGCGGAAAAGAUACAUAGAGCGCUCUGCUUGGAGUAUAUGUCUAAUGGAAGCCUUGAAAAAUAUAUUUCUGAUGAAUGUGAUAAAUAUGAUUGGCACACUGGCUACGGAAUAAUUAAGGGGAUUUGCCAGGGUUUGAAAUACCUCCACACUAAAUUAGAGCCACCUAUUUAUCAUUUGGAUUUAAAGCCAGCCAACAUAUUGCUGGAUGAGAACAUGGUUCCCAGAAUUGCAGAUUUUGGGAUAUCAAGGCUGUUUGGAGAUGAACGAACGCGAGCUACAAAAAGUACUUUAGGAACACAAGGGUACUUACCACCGGAAUACAUACGCAACUAUUUAAUCUCAAGUAAAUUUGACAUAUUCAGCCUGGGUGUUGUAAUCAUAAAGAUAAUGGCAGGACGGGCGGGCUACUACAAAAGCGCUGAAAUGUCUUCCCACGAGUUCAUUAAUGUUGUACAGGAAAAUUGGACAAAUAGGCCACAUGAAACAUCGAGUCUGAUGAAGGCAUAUUCCAAGCAAGUAAAGAUAUGUAUUGAAAUAGGUUUAAGUUGUGUGCAGGAGGAUCGACACAAAAGGCCCACUGUACAGAAUAUUGUUGAUAGACUGAAUGAGACAGAAACUGAGUGUACCUGUGCGUAUAAGAAAUUUGAGGUGCAGGAGAACUCAGGGGGGCUCACCCCUAAUUAUUUCAUGAAUAAUGGCCGCUCUGUCAGUGAAGUGCCUCUGAACAAUGAUGCAGGCCCUUCCAUACAAGCUAGAACGGCAUGGCAAUAUCCUACAGACAUGACUGCACAACAAGAACUUGGCGAACGACAAGCAGCUUCGCUUCCUAAUGGAAUUUAUGAGCCUCCUAGGCAGAUAAUGGAAGGUUUUCCUGAAUCUGGAGGCACCACUACAGUUGAAAGACAGGAUCUUGCAGUCAGAGUUCAAGAAGCAAUCACUGAUCCUUUUGUCGUCAAAGACUGCCGAAGCGCAUAUUCCAUAUAUUGGCAUAAGACAUCCAACAUUUGUUUACUUUCAGUAAAUGGAAAGAGUUAUCCUCCAUCUAAAGAAGAAGCGGUACAUCGUUUGGAGAGCGUUUCUCUAAAGGGGAAGCGUUGCAAUGACCUAGCUGAUAAAAAUAUUACUACAGUGAAGCGCUUUAUGGGUCAUUAUCACAGAGAUAAAUCUGGUCUCCAAAAGGAGGACUGGAGUACCACGGUAACACAUGCCACCACGUGUGAUCCUGGGGUUGAGAUCUAUUCUUAUGGAGUUGCAGAGGAAAAUUGUGAACUCUUAUUCACUUUUUUUUAUGAUCUUGUCGGUGUGCUGACCAAUGGAGAUUAUGUUCCUGCUAGUGACCUUGAUCAGUUUCAGCAGCUUAAAGUGAAGAGCUGGAAAUUGCCCGCAUUCAAGAAAUUUGAGGAGCGGGAAAAAUUAGGGGUUCUUAUUCCUGAUUAUUUGAUGAUGAAUGGCUGCCCUGUCCGUGCAGUGUCUCUGAACAAUGAUGCAGGUCCUUCUGUACAAGCUAGAACUACAUGGCAAUAUCCUAAUGACAUGGCCGCACAACACGUAUUUGGUGAUCGACAUCCAUUGAAUGGGUUCUCACGGGCCACAGUCCUGUCAAACAAUGACGCCGGUCCUUCAAACCAAGGAACACUGCCGUUUUCGCAGCCCAUGUAUGAACAGACUGUGCAUCAAGGAAAUGGUCAGCACGAUCCUUCUAUGGCGCAGAAUGGAAUUCCUUAUUAUCUGCCCCAGGGAAAUAUCUUAAAUGAUCAGGGAUCACUUUCAGCACAGCCAACUCCGUUCCACAAUUUUCUACCAGUUCCAGCGGAUGAGAUGAUCACAGGUGCAAGUCUAACUGACGAACAGACUAAAUACUUCUCGACAACUGAUUCUCUUGGCACUCUAGAAAAUGUAAUUCCUGGGCCUGAAUUGGACAUACCUUUGAAACAAGGUAACUGGAGACAGCUUCUGGGAAUUAAUACAGGAGACUUGAAGCAGGUGAUCAUAGCAUGCGGUAAGGCCGUUGCUGCGAAUGAUAUGUAUGCAACAGAACUAUUGAUAUCUGAGCUAGGUCAGCUGGUGUCUGUCUCUGGAGAUCCAAUGCAACGCCUAGGAGCAUAUAUGUUGGAAGGCCUUGUUGCCAGAUUUUCUUCCUCUGGAAGUAAGCUGUAUAAAUCCUUGAAGUACAAAGAACCUACAAGCUCCGAGCUCAUGUCUUACAUGCAUUUCCUUUAUGAGAUGUGCCCAUCCUACAAGUUUGGUUACAUGUCAGCCAAUGGCGCCAUAGCAGAGGCUGUUAAAGGCGAGAACUUGGUUCACAUCAUUGAUUUCCAAAUCGCACAGGGGAGCCAGUGGACAACUAUGAUUCAGGCUCUUGCAGUGAGGCCCGGGGGUCCACCAUGCCUAAGAAUCACUGGUAUAGAUGACUCAAAUUCUGCUUAUGCCCAAGGUAGUGGACUGGACAUGGUUGGAACAAGAUUACAUAAUGUCUCUGCGUCGUGUGGUGUGCCCUUUGAGUUCAAUGCUGUUCAUGCUGCUAGCCAUGAGGUUUAUCUUAAGCAUCUUGAUAUAAGACCUGGGGAGGUCAUUGUGGUGAAUUUUGCCUAUCAGCUGCAUCAUACUCCUGAUGAAAGCGUGAGCACGGAAAAUCAUCGGGACAGAAUUAUAAGAAUGAUCAAGAGCCUAUCCCCCAGGGUGGUGACUCUUGUUGAGCAGGAGUCGAAUACAAACACAGCUCCAUUCUUCUCAAGAUACUUGGAGACCUUCGACUACUAUACGGCAGUGUUUGAGUCAAUAGACUUUGCUCUCCCAAGGGAUGACAAGAUACGGGUUAACACAGAGCAGCACUGUCUUGGAAGGGAUAUCAUCAGUUUAAUCGCGUGUGAGGGUGCUGAAAGGGUUGAGAGGCAUGAGGUGUUUGGAACAUGGAAGGCAAGGUUUGCAAUGGCUGGAUUUAGGCCGUACCCGCUGAGUUCAAUGGUGAACAGCACCAUCAAAACACUGCUGGAUGACUACCACAGUUGGUACAGGCUUGAGGAAAGGGACGGAGUCCUUUACCUAGGUUGGAAGAGCAGAGUGUUGGUCGUGUCUUCUGCAUGGCGCUGA